AUGAAGUCUAUAAUCCUAGUCAUCAGUUUCUACCUGGCUACAGUCUGCUGCGGAAAGCCUCAGUUCCCUGAAAAAGAGAAGAAUCCCUUGUACUGGAACUCUGCAGCUCAGCACACUUUGCAAAAUGCCCUGUCCCUACAGGAGCUCAAUAAGAACAUUGCCAAAAAUCUGAUUCUGUUUCUUGGAGACGGAAUGGGCAUUUCCACGGUUACGGCUGCUCGGAUCCUCAAGGGUCAGCUAAGCGGUCACAGCGGGGAGGAAACGCAGCUGGAGAUGGACAAGUUCCCUUAUGUGGCUCUUGCCAAGACGUAUAACACCAACGCCCAAGUAGCAGACAGUGCUGGCACUGCCACGGCAUACCUGUGUGGUGUGAAGGCCAACGAGGGUACUGUGGGGGUCAGCGCCGCCGCCAUCCGUGGCCAGUGCAACACCACCUAUGGGAAUGAGGUCACAUCCAUCCUCAAGUGGGCCAAAGAUGCAGGCAAGUCGGUGGGCAUUGUUACGACCACACGCGUGAACCAUGCCACGCCCAGUGCGGCCUAUGCACACUGCGUGAACCGCGAAUGGUUAUCAGAUGCAGAGAUGCCCCUGGAGGCUCUGCAGGAGGGAUGCAAGGACAUUGCCCUGCAGCUGUUUGAGAACAUCCCAAACAUUGAUGUGAUAAUGGGAGGAGGCAGGAAAUAUAUGUUCCCCAGUAACAUGUCAGACGUGGAGUACCCUGGAGAGCACAAACAUAUGGGCACCCGGCGGGAUGGCAGGAACCUCGUGGAGGAGUGGAAGGACAGGUUCAAAAAUCAUAGAGCCUAUUACGUAUGGAACCGAAAGGACCUGCUGGCUAUAAACCCAAAUAAUGUGGAUUCUAUGUUGGGCCUGUUUGAGCCGGGAGACUUCCCUUAUGACCUGGAGAGGAAUGUGGAAACAGAUCCCUCACUGACAGAGAUGGUGGAAACUGCGAUCAAAAUUCUGAGAAAAAAUCCCCAGGGAUUUUACCUACUGGUGGAAGGUGGGCGCAUCGACCAUGGGCAUCAUGAGGGCAAAGCCAAGCAGGCCUUGCACGAAACUGUGGAGCUGGACAGGGCCAUCGGGCGGGCAGGACUCCUGACCAGCAUCCACGACACGCUCACCGUGGUCACGGCUGACCACUCACACGUCUUCAACUUCGGGGGCUACACACCACGAGGGAACCCCAUCUUUGGGUUGGCGCCAAUGCUGAGCGAUGUGGACCAGAAACCGUUCACCUCAAUCCUCUACGGGAACGGGCCUGGGUACAAAAUAGUCAACGGAGUCAGGGAGAACGUCUCAGCUGUUGAUUACAAGCAGAAUAAUUAUCAGGCUCAGUCAGCAGUCCCAUUGCGCUUGGAGACACAUGGUGGGGAGGACGUGGCCAUCUUCUCCAAGGGUCCCAUGGCCCAUCUCCUGCAUGGCGUCAAGGAACAGAACUACAUUCCCCAUGUCAUGGCCUAUGCUGCCUGCAUUGGGCAGAACAGGCUCCACUGUCGAUCAUUUAGCAACCGGGGUCCCCAGUUUCCUGCAUCCCUUGCGCUGACCACCUUGGUAGCCAUACCAGUUCUUCCACACCUCCUUUGGUGA